AUGACACCCCCGGAGAGUCGACCAGGCCCCGCGACAGGCCGCCCGGGCGGGGCUGCCGGGCCUCGCCUCGCCCCGCUGGCCCCGCCCCCGCCCCCGCCCCGCUGGCCUGGCUUCGCCCCGCCCCCGCCCCGCUGGCCUGGCCUCGCCCCGCCCCUGCCCCGCUGGACCCGCCCCCGCCCCCGCCCCGCUGGCCUGGCCUCGCCCCGCCCCCGCCCCGCUGGCCUCGCCCCGCUGGCCUCGCCCCGCCCCACCCCUGCCCCGCUGGCCCCGCCCCGCUGGCCCCGCCCCCGUCCCCUCCCCGCUGGCCUCGCCCCGCCCCUCCCCUGCCCCGCUGGCCCCGCCCCGCCCAGCGCCGGGCCGCUCGGAAAGCCCGGAGCCCGGAACAGCCACGCUGCCCGCAGCCCCGCCCCGCGCCCGCGACCCGCUCCAGAGCGGCGGGAGCCCGCACCCCGGGACCCGCGGCAGCACGGGGAUCGGCCCCGCCUCCCCGGAGGAUCCCGCCCACGGGGCGCCGGGCUGAGCGGCGGGCGCAGGGAGGCGGCCCGGGCGGGCGACAUGCAGCGGGACGGCGGCCAGGCUGCGGUGCCCACAGAGUUCCUUCUCCCACCUCCAAAUGGGACGUGCGACCUGCUCCCCGGGAGCUCCGUCAUCCAGAUCCACUGCCAGGACCUGGCAUCUCUGCCCGUGCAGUGUGUCAUGCUGGCCAACCAGGGGGACCCAAAGGAGCCAAAGGCAAAGAUGGACUUGGAAAGGACUAAUGACUUUCCCAAGGACACACAUGCGGAGGGUGGUGGAGCAGGAUCAGGAUGGAAGAGAGCUGACUUCAGUAACAGCCAACCAAGAGCUCCUGUGCUCCAGCACCUGCCUCAGAGCUCACACCUACGCAUCCUCCCAGCCAGUGAGAAGAAGAAAGGGGGCUGGCCCAAAGGAAAGAAAAGGAAACCCCCAAGGGAUCUUUCUGUUCCCCGUGCACCUACGACAGGGUACGUGAUAUUCCUAAACGAGCAGAGAAGCCAGCUGAGGGCCAGACACCCUGAUCUGCCUUUUACAGAAAUAACAAAGAUGUUGGCUGCUCAGUGGGCCCAGCUGCCUCAAGAGAAGAAGCAAAGGUACGUUUACCAGGCAGACGAGGAUAAGCAGCGCUACAUCCGCGAGCUGCAGGCCUACCAGAGCUCCGAGGCCUACCGAGCCUUCCUGCGGAGGCAGGCGGCCCACAAGGCGCUGUGCGGAACAGGAACCCCAGGAAAUGAAUUUGAGAGUGAGGGCCUCGACUUCUCAGCAAUUGAUGGAGAUGGAAACAGUGACCUGUACUGUGGGACGUGCAGGCAGUUCUUCAGCUCCCUGCACAACAAGAAGGAGCACCUGCUGGGGAAGCAGCACCUGCAAAACCUCACAGGGGAAUUUGAAAAAGAUUCUGCUGAGUACUCGAAGCAUCUGGAACCUCUGGAGAAAGAGAAAGGUCAGAAUUUGAACAAGGUGGAGCCAUAUGAGGAAGCUGGGGGCCCCGAUUCACUUCUGCUCAGAGGUCUGAUUCCAGAGAAGAGUUUUGCUUCAUUCGACUUGUGUUUCUUGCAAGAAUUUAUCUUUAAACUGCUGAAAUUCAAGGAAUUUGAGCUCAGAGAGCUGAAGAGGACUCUAGAAAGAGCUCGAGCAGAGCAGGAGGCCCUGCAGAGGCAGCUGGUAGAGUUCCAGAACCAGCAGCAGAGGCUGGAGGUGGAGCUGAUGGGCCUGAAGACCUACGGGGUGGUCCUGGAGCAGGAGUUUGAGAACCUCAACAUGGUCCUGAUGCUGUCGCACUUUGGCCUGCACGUGAUGGACACGGCCUAGAGCAGCACUUGCCUCAGGACCAUCGGGGACCUCCGGACACCUUCCAGGCACUCUGAGGGCGGACGCCAUAGAGACAUCUCUCUCAAUGUGCUGGGGCCUCGCAGAAGGGACACUGAGAUGGGUCCGCCGACUGAGGAGAUAAUAAACCACGUGUGUGCACGUGUGUGUCUGA